AUGCCUACUCAACUGGAUAAAGCACUGAAUUCCAAGAACCUUCUAUUGGGCUUCGCUGGAAUCGUCACUGCCGUCUCCGCCUGGUCGAUAUGGGGAGGCGACCUGUUUCCCGCCGAAACAGACCCUAAAGGAGACCCCGAGCACUGGACAACAGAGGAACUGAAAAGAUGGCUUCGAGCUAGAAACCUCCUGCCAGCAGACACGAUAGCGCGGGACGAGCUGAUAGAGCGUGUGAAAGCAAACCUGCGCCCGACAAGGAGCUCGUGA